AUGUCAGCGGCAAAGUGCCCGUCUCUACCGACGGAUCCACUGGCACCAUGUACUGUCACGUUUGUCACACAGAACGAUCGAGCAAACGAACCACCUCCACAACCAAGAGUCCGGAAAGUGACAACAAUAAUCAACACUCUUGGAGUUAUAGUUGAAGACAAUGAAACAGAAGUCGGAGUGUGGGUUUUCACUGCAUGCGAAAAGAAAUUUUUUCCGAAAGCCGACCAACACAUGUUCAUAGGAAUUCACCUGGGAACCUGGAUCAUUGUCGGCAUAUAUCCAGACGGAACAGUGGCAUCAUACUCUCCAUGGCCCUUACUUUUGCAAGGAUACGAGACAAAAGUUAUUGAAAAUCAGUUACUAUUAAAAAUAUGCGCUUCCGAUAUGCAGCACGAAAAGCGUGAUCCGCAACUGACUGCUGAGUUCUACAGAAUUCCGGGACUAGGACGAGUUCUUGCCCCCACCGUCUUCCGUUCGAAUUUAGAAGAUAAAAACGGAAGAUUGUCUAUUUGGAUUCAGUAUUGCGGUCGCGUUGUGAGAGAAUGUUCUUGGAUGGUGUUCUAUCUCGAAGAGAAAAGUCACGACGGAAACGAGUAUAGAGAAAAAGAACUUCGAGUUAUAUCAGAAUUCAUAAAAGAGAAACGAUCACAAUUAGAAAUUCUCCGAUGUCCAGAUAAGUACAUGUCUCGGAACUUGGGAUUGAUCACGGAAGUUCACAGCAGCAAGCAUACAUUGAAUUUCUGGUCACCGUUUGUUCCAAUUGAGACUGAUCAUACUGCAAGAAUUCCUCAGCCACCAAAACAUCGAGAAGUGGAAAGUCCCAUGCUGGAUCCGAUGAUCGGUCAGUGGAUUCAGUUUGAUGUCCACUCGAAGGAUCUUGAAAAAUACAUAGGAACAAAACCGGGAUUUCGUCUUCAGGUGCAAGAGUACCUCCCAAUCAACAGCCCAUGUGGAAUUGGCGUUGUGAAUGUGAAUAAAACGAUAAGAGUAAGUCAUCGGAGUGUCUUCGAUUCUCAACAUUGCCUUAUUUUUCAGGUGGCAAUAUCUUGUAUUUUAGUGACAGGAACAGAUCAUCCUAUGCUUUAUCAGUUGCCAACAUUUGGAUUUGUGAUUGAUCGAAAUUCGACAUUAGUUUCGGGAGCUCAUAUGCAGCUGAUUUUAGAGAAGAUUUCUCCCAAACUCAGGCGCUCCUCUAGUGCUUGCUGGUCAGUUAUUUCCUCAAAAGUCGUCAAUUUUUCCGAUGUGACUGUGGAAAAAGUGAAGGACAUGCAAACGGAAGCAAUCCCUCUCAAAGAUGCUAUGGAGCCUUGUCAUGUUAUGUCUAUUGAGAAACAAAACCAUGCAUCGCAAUCUAAACCACAACAAACCCUUCAUGUUGCUGUGCCAAUGUUGUCAGCAUCCGUUAACACAGGAAUCACAAUGCUCAAGUAUCAACAACCACAGAGUCAAAUCCAAUACCUUCACCAAGGACGGGAUUACUACAUAGGAAACACCAUUCGCUUACCUUCAAAUUACAGUAGUUCAACAAAAAAAUUUACCAAGUCAAGGGUGUUUCUAGAAAACACGCUGGAAGGGCAUGCCAUUGUCGAAAAAUACAUUCCAGAGCGUCAAGCCGGAAUAUUAUGGUUGUUUGAUAAUUUCAACACAAGUGUUCACUUCAUCUACGAUGAGUUUGAAUUCGAAAUCGGAGAUUACGUAUACGUGAAGCUUGAGAAAAAAUCCGAUCCAAUGCAGCAACUAGGAUUCAGAUGGCUAUGGAAAAGUGGAGUGAAGAAGGAAGCGCCGUUCAAUUGUCGUGUCAACAAAAAUCAAAUUUAUAUUGAAACUAAGUUGACACUAGGCAGUCCAAACCGUCAAAAUCGGACUACUUAUACUUCAAAAUAUUUCCCCACAGUUUUGGAUGUUGAGGGUUGUAUCCCAACUCCUACGGUUCGACUAUCACGCAAACUGAAGAUCAAUCUUAUAUAUUUUCAGGCCGGUGUCACUUAUUCAGCUGUCAUUUAUCGCAAGAGAAUUACGGACCCGGUUACUGACAUCGGGAGAUUUCAAUGGACCAUUUAUGCACUUCAAGGUACUUCAUAUAUUGUCGCUGAUUAUUAUCAUUCAAACUAUCAAUUUCAUAACAGAUCCAACCUGAAAAAUGUUCCCCCACAAAACGUCGGUAUAAGUUCUGCAUCUUCUGAACAUUCUUCGACUUCUCCACCUUUGAAACGCUCCUCAAUUACUUCCGACGAAUCAUGA